AGGAGCUCCAUAAAACGAGAAGUUGAAAAAGGAGGGAAAACCCCUCUCUAAACCCUAAAAUCCUUCUCCUCCCCUACAUACCCACACCGUCCCCCUCUCUUCCCCGCGUGUGAAAUACACAAACAAGUAUGGAUUCUGAAUUCAAGUUUGAUUGUUCUUGGUGCUGAGAAAUGUUGGCAUGGAAAUCCCUGGUUUUGAAGAGGGUUGCUGUUGAGUGGGGUGAAACUGUGUACUGUUGCGAAGAAGGGAUUUUUCGUUCUUCAUUUUUGUAUUCCUGACCCUCUUUUCCUUUUUCCAUUUGAGUCGGCAAUGGCACGGCUUCUUCGUAGCUCUUCUUGUUUGAGACGCUCUCUGUUUCCUCAGUUGCAGGAAUCUAGGAAGGGAGUACUGGAGACUUCUACUCAGCUGCGAGAUUUCUCCACAAAAGGUAGAAGGAAAUCAAAGUCAGACGCAAGUGAUUCUGGUGAAGAGAAUAUGUCCAAGAAAGAUUUGGCACUGAAGCUAGCUUUGGAUCAGAUAACAGCAUCAUUUGGAAAAGGAUCCAUUAUGUGGCUUGGUAGGUCAGUUGCUCCUAGGCAGACUCCAGUAGUAUCUACUGGAUCAUUUGCUUUGGAUAUUGCAUUGGGAAUAGGAGGACUUCCAAAGGGACGUGUGGUGGAGAUAUAUGGCCCAGAGGCUUCUGGUAAAACAACUCUUGCUUUGCAUGUGAUUGCUGAGGCACAAAAACAAGGAGGUUACUGUGUCUUUGUGGAUGCUGAGCAUGCUCUUGAUCCAGCUUUAGCUGAGGCGAUUGGAGUAAAUACUGAAAAUUUGCUUCUCUCACAACCAGAUUGUGGUGAGCAAGCUCUCAGUCUUGUGGAUACCCUAAUCCGGAGUGGUUCAGUUGAUGUGGUGGUUGUUGAUAGUGUAGCUGCUCUGGUCCCGAAAGGUGAACUUGAUGGUGAAAUGGGAGACGCACACAUGGCAAUGCAAGCAAGACUUAUGAGUCAGGCUCUUCGCAAAUUGAGUCACUCAUUAUCUCUAUCACAGACAAUCUUAAUUUUUACUAAUCAGGUGCGAUCCAAGCUAUCCACUUUUGGAGGAUUUGGCGGUCCCACUGAAGUUACUUGUGGUGGGAAUGCCCUGAAAUUUUAUGCUUCAGUGCGCCUCAAUAUUAAGAGAACAGGGCUGGUCAAAAAGGGAGAAGAGACUGUCGGAAGCCAAGUCGUUGUGAAGAUUGUAAAGAACAAGCACGCACCUCCAUUUAAAACUGCAGAAUUUGAGCUUGAGUUUGGUAGAGGGAUUUGUCGGGAGGCUGAGCUCAUAGACUUGGGAUGCAAACACAAGUUCAUCACAAAGGCUGGCGCAUACUUCUAUAUGGACAAUCAGAGCUUUCAAGGUAAGGAUGCUCUUAAACGAUUCCUGGCUGACAAUGUAAGUGCAAGAGACGGUCUCACGGAGAAGCUCAGACAGAAGCUUAUAGACGUUGAGCCAGAAAAUGAAAAGGAGUCUAUUAUUGGGGCUAUAGACAGAGAUACCAUUGAGGAGGUUGCUGCAUCUGACACGACUGAUGAAGAAGUCGUUACUGCCGCUGAGGCAUAAUACAAUGCAGUUACUUCCAUCAAGAAGACAUCGACAAACCAAAUUGAUGUGGAGUUCUCCAGCACAGUCUUGGUACCUAUUUGCACGCAGUUUUCUUCAAAUUAUGGCCUUGCUUGCAAAAUCCUUUUCCAGAUACAUGUGUCAGGUGAUGUAGAUCAAGAAAAUUGUGAUUCCAAAGAAGAGGUGGUUGCCCGAUUUUUCCUUAGUCAUGCGUUGGUGAUGUGUGUUGUUCAGCUGUAUUGUAUGUGUUAGAAGACAAACUCUGUAUAUUCAGAAAUGUUAAAUCUAUUAAGAAAGAUCAUCAAUGGUGAUUUAUGGGGAAAGCCACCUUUAUCUUCUAA